AGCGCGCUUGUUUGAAAUGGAAAAGCGUCUCGGUAGCUAUUGACAACAGUGUGAUUCACUCAAAGUUUGCAUUUCGUCUUGCUAUACUUUGUAGACAGCAAUACAUACCUUAUAUGCACGGAUAAAUAAACAGUUGUCCUUUAGGAUACGUUUGUUGACCGACCUCGAUGAUGCUGUUCAAUCGCAUGGACUUUUGACAUGUAACGUUAUCGUUCAAUUUAUCCAGCUAGCUAGCUAUCUUAGCUGUUCCGGAUUUGCUUUGUAACGUUAGCUACUCUCUCCGACCGAGAAAGUUGUCAACACCCAAGCUCCAUAAUGGCUACUAGAGACAGCAGUCACAUCAUGCUACUGGAGGAAGAAGUGAGGAGUUUAUCUGAGGAGUUAGUGCAAUGCCAGGCCGACAAGGAGUUUGUGUGGUCCCUAUGGAAACGCCUCCAAGUGGCCAAUCCGGACCUGACCCAGGCCGUCAGUCUAGUGGUCGAACGAGAGAAGUGGAAAGCUGAAGCCAAGGACCGCAAAGUGCUGGAGAUCCUGCAGGCCAAAGACUACAAGAUCCAGGAGCUGGACCAGAGAGUGACAGGGCAGCAGCAGGAGAUCACCAACCUGGUCCAGAGGAAGAUGGCUGUGGACGUGGACAGAGGCCUAAUGAAGAAGGAGCUGGCAGCUCUGCGCCACAAGCUGGGGAAUAAGAGUCAAGAACUUAAGGAUGUGAAGGAGGAGAGGAGGAGGAGAGAAGAGGGCCUUGAGGAGGAGAAGGAGGGAUUAGAGUCCUGCUGCUCUGCCCUGCGCGGCGACCUGGAGGAGGCACAGAGGCAGGAGAGGAGACACAGAGAGGAGAGGGCCGCCGCGGACGCCAAAGUCAAGGAGAUGGAGGGUGAUCUGAGCGAUGCCCAGCAACAGGUGGCAGACCUUCAGGGCCAGUGCAGCAGCCUGGCAGACCUCCUCUCCUCCAGGCAGAAGGAGGUGGCACAGAGGGACCAACACGUCACCCAACUCAGGCGUGAGCUGCAGGAGUUGCAGGCCCUGUACAGACAGAGUAGUGAGCAUGCAGCAGAGCAGGCCCAGCUCAUCCAGCAACUGGAGGGGCUCAACCUAGACACACAGAGAGUCUUACGCAACCAGGAAGAGGCUCACACUGCAGACACCACCUCUUAUCAGAAGCUCUACAACGAGCUGAGCAUAUGUUACCAGGCGCUCAAGUCCAACGAGGGCCGGCUCUGCCAGAGUCACGUCGCCCUGACAACCCAGCUGGGCCAGAAGGAACAGCAGAUUGUGCAGCUCCAAGGUCGGCUACAGCAACAGCAGCAGCAACAACAACAACAGACACACAAUCAGCAGCCGCCUCCACAGACCAUGGCCCCAGCCGGUCCCUAG